UCCAGUACAACAGUAGCCAUGGGAGGAUUCUUCAGCUCACCUGCCCCUCCACCCCCUCCUCUUUUCGAUGACCCUUGGAGGACAAUAAACUGGGCAGGCAAACAGAGGGAUCUGCAGUAUGUGAAGGACUACAGACCUCAGACUGAAGGCCUGCAGCACAGGAUUCUUCUUCAUGGUCCAGUUGGAGCUGGAAAGUCCAGUUUCAUCAACUCUGUCCUAAGUGUCGUAGAAGGCACAACGUCCAAAAAGGCUUAUGUGGCUAACUCUGGCGAAACUCAAACCAAAAAGUACAACACCUACAAGAUCCAAAAGGAUGGACAGAAUACCUUUUGCUCUAUCGUUCUCAGUGACACCAUGGGGCUGGAAUGCAACACCAACAGACGCAGAAAAGUCUAUGUCAAAGAUAUCAAACGGGUGAUGAAGGGACGUGUGAGAGAAGAAUACACGUUCAAUCCUGAAAGUAAGAUAUCAAAGGAGGAUCGAUACUACACCCGAGCCCCAACUGCCAACGACAAAGUGCACAUUCUGCUUUGUGUCGUUGAUGCCAGCACAGUAUCUCAGAUGAGUCCUAAAGCUAUAGAGACACUGCAGGACAUCAGAGAGGACGCCUCUGACCUGAAUAUUCCUCAAGUGGCCAUUCUCACCAAAAUUGACUUAAUCUGUCCGGAGAUUAAAAAGGAUGUAAAGAAUGUCUACAGGAGCAAGAUACUAAAGAAAAAGAUGGAGGAGUUCAGUGCAGCGGUGGGUUAUCCCAUGAACUGCAUCUUCCCUGUGAAGAACUACCAUGAAGAAACCAACUUCAACAGUGACAUUGACUCACUGAUCCUGAGCUCCCUGAGAGACAUCAUCGACAACUUGGGGUCCAGCUGAGGAUAGUGAUUCCAGAUUUCAG